AUGCCAGAAAGAGUUAACACCAAUAAAGAUGUAUCAAGAGCUAUUUUUGGAAAUUUUAAAUCAUUAAAGUUAAAAUUUAAAGUUAAACCUGAAUUUAACAGAAGGAUAUUCUAUAAAAGAAAUAAUAUAAGCUUGAAUUGUACAGAUGAUUAUUUUGAUGGAAUUAAAACAGAUGAUCUUGUAAAAGUUAUAAAAUCUUCUAAUGAUAAGAAUAAUUUGUUGAGGUAUUCAAAUGAUCAUUUAUUAAUUAAUAAAGAGGAAUAUAAUUUUUUAAGAAACUUUUAUUUAAAGUAUAAAAAGUCUGUUCUAAGUAAAGAAGUUAAUGUUCAAAUAAAAAAAUUAGAAAAUUCUAAUUUUUUAAAAAACUAUGAAAUUUUAAAAUUAGAUGAAUUUUUAUCAUCCGAAAGAAAUGAAAUUGUUAAAAUAAAUUCAAAUUUUAUAAAAAAUAAUGUAACAGAAGGGGUUACAAAUUCAAUUAACGAUAUGAAUGACAAUUAUGAAGAUAAGUUACUAGACAAGGAAUCUGAAUUGAUGAAAGAAGAAUUAGAAUUACUUGAAAAAGAAAAGAGGUUGUGUAAAGAGAAAGAGUUAUUAAUUGAAAAGAAAGAAAUGAUUAUUAAAGAAGCUUAUAAAAUACAUAAAGAGAAACUUAAGUUGUAUGAAGAAAGAAAGAAACUUUUUGCUAAAUUAGAUGAAAAGAUUCAGUCAAUCGGAAAUAAAAAACAGCCAGAAGUUAAAGCAUUUGAAUCAAAUGAAAUAGAAAAUAGUUUAAUUUUAAAAAAUGAUCAUGAAAAUAAUUCUAAGAGAAUUAAAAAAGAAGUAUCAUUAAAAUCAAACAGUUCCAUUGAAGUUAAAAACUUUAAAAAUCUAGACUUAAAUAACGAUCAAAUUAAAAAUAACUUUGAUUUAAUUGAAACUACAAAAGCAAAUAAAAAUCUAGUUACAGAUUAUAAAGAAGAUUUUAAUAAUUUAAAAACUACUCAAUUGGUUGAUAAUGUUUUGAUUGCUAAAAAUUUUAAUGAAGACAAUAUUUUGUUAAAGAAAAAUGAAGAAGAUAAGUUAAAUUUAAACGAAGGAGAAUAUGAUUUUAAUGUUUUUUACUCAUUAAACUUAAAGAAUAAUAUUUCAUUUGAUAUGCAAUAUCCUAAUGUAUUGGAAAUAAAAGAUAGUAAAAUACACGGGAAGGGGAUAUUUACAACUAUAGAUAUCCCUGAAAGUGUAUUUAUUAUUACGUAUGAAGGUAUUAUAAUAGGAAAGUGUAUGAGUGAUAAACUUGAAAAGGGUUAUCUUAAGAAUAACCAGAAUUCUAUUUAUAUGUUUAGAUACGAGGAUGAUAUGAUAUUUGAUGCUACUAUUUAUGGAAACAAAGCAAGGUAUAUUAAUCAUAGUUGUGAUCCAAAUUGUACAACUUUUAAUAGUAAAAAAUUAAAACGAAUUUGUUAUCAGUCAAUAAAAAACAUAAAAGCGGGAACUGAAUUAACAAUUAAUUAUAAUUUUAAAUUUGAGAAUAAAGAGGUGUGUAGAUGUGGCUCUAAUAAUUGUAGAUCUAAAUAA